AGAGAGAGAGAGAGAGAGAGAGAGACACACACACACACACACAGACAGACAGAUAGACCCAGAGUGGAGUGGGCACUACUAUUAUUUUUAUAACAGCUCAUGUAAUGACCAUGAGAGCUUCAGCAUCAGCCUCACCAGGGGUGAAGCGUGUACAGGAGAGUAGUGGUGGUCUGUGGGAUUCAGUGAAGAAGGCAGCGUUUGUUAUCGGAUCAGGACUUUUCUUCCUGGUGGCCUUCAGGAACUCAGUGACAUGGCAUCUGCAGAGGUUUUGGGGAGCGUCAGGAGAUUUCUGGCAAACUCAGUGGAGCCGACUGUACGGAGCGUUCGAUGGGAACGAGGCCUUUCUCUUCUUCAUCGGAACCAUGCUGGUCCCAACCGUCUGCUUCUGGCUGUGUAACGGCUUCUUCUUGUUGGCGGAUAUGACGGGAAAACCCACAUUCAUCACACGCUACAGAAUCCAGCUGGACAAAAACAACCCAGCGGAGGCGGAACGUGUGUGGCGGGUGGUGAAGGUGGUUCUGUGUAAUCAGUUGUUCCUGUCAGUUCCGUUGGUGAUUCUGACCUACGCUGUGAUGUCAUGGCGAGGAGAACCCUGCGCUUCUCAACUGCCCACCUUCCACUGGGUUCUACUGGAGCUCGCUGUGUGUGGCCUGCUGGAGGAAGUGCUGUUCUACUACUCACACAGGCUGGUUCACCAUCCGUUCCUCUACAGACACAUCCAUAAGAUCCAUCACGAGUGGACCGCGCCCAUCGGACUCGUGUCUCUCUACGCUCAUCCAGUGGAACAUGUGGUCUCCAACAUGCUACCAGCUCUGAUGGGUCCGAUCCUCCUGGGUUCUCACUUGGCCACCACGUCUCUGUGGUUCAGCAUGGCCCUGCUCGUCACCUCCAUCUCACACUGCGGCUACCACCUGCCCCUGCUGCCCUCGCCCGAGUUCCACGACUUCCACCACCUCAAGUUUAAUCAGUGUUACGGUGUUCUGGGAGUUCUGGACCGGCUGCACGGCACCGAUGAUAAGUUCCGCAAAACCAAAGAAUACGAGCGACACACCAUUCUGCUGAGUCUCACACCACUGACCAGGAGCAUCCCAGACACACCCAAAAAAUCAGGGUGACAUCAUCACCAUCCCAGUCAUGCUGAAAAUCAAUCAUAUUCAUGCAAAUUUUACAGAAUUUUAUUAAUUUGUUUUAACUAACUGAAUUGCCUGAGAGUGAGUUGUUUCAUUGCUGUCUCUGUUGCACUCUGGGUGACCUGAUCACUCUGAAGUGUACACUACAUGCUAACAGUUCUUCAGAAUAACACUCACAUUGUGAACACAAUCUAAUAUUAAAGGUUUUAAGUCUAAACAGUAUAACACAUCUAAGCUGAGACGAGGAUUAGCGUCACCACGUGGGAAGUGGUCGAGGCUGAUUACAGUCACAAAAUAAAAAGCUGCCGUUAACAUUAAGGUUAUUUUUUGAUAGAGGAUGAACAUGAUUUUUCAUGUUUUUUUGCAGAAAAUGAUAACUUUGAAAUAUUCACACUAAAGCUUUGCUGGACUAAGCAACUACUUUUUAAAUGAUUAUAAAUCAGAACUUUAACAGAGUGAUAUGUUUCUAUAAGCGUUUCUGAAGAUUUUACACAAACAUUAUGACUCACUUUUUUAAAUAAUUCACCUAAUAUUAGCACUUAAAUUCCUAAUUUAUAUAUUUAUAAUUAUAGAACACAAAUUACACAUACACAGCCUGUGAAAUGAUUUAAAUGUAGAGUAAAAGAUUUAAUAUUUUGAUUUUGAUGAUUUUAACACUAAUAUUGUUAAUGUCUGUGUAACUGUGUUAAAGUACAGAUCUGUAUUGAUAAUAAUAAAAAUAAUUCUGUAUUCCUGAAA